AUGGCAUCUGCAGUCGUCGAAACCGCCACUCCGGUGGUUCCCAUUGUCGAGGAAAAGAUUACCCUGACGGGUCUCGCACGCGAACCCAUUAAGUCUACAGGAGCCCUUGACUCUUUCGAGUCCUUCGAUGUUACUCCAAUCAUUGGACGGGAAUUCCCCAACGCCAACUUGAAGGACUUCCUGCGUGCUCCCAACUCUGAUGAGUUGCUUCGGGAACUUGCUUUGACCAUCUCCCAACGCGGAGUCGUCUUCUUCCGUAAGCAGGAUGGCCUUGAUGAUGACCUACAAAAGGAGCUUGUCCAGCGUCUUGGAGAGCUCUCUGGCAAGCCAAGCACAUCUGGAUUGCACAUCCACCCAAUAGCCAACUCAAGCCGGGAGCACAGCGUCAAGGAUGAUGAGAUUAGCGUGAUCAGCUCGGCACAGCGGAAAGCCCUGUACAAAGACAGAAACCUGUCGCGCCAGCAGAGUGCACGUCAAGAGUGGCACAGUGAUAUUACUUUCGAGCCUAUUCCCAGUGAUUACACUCUUCUUCGUCUCACUGAGCUUCCCAAGACCGGUGGUGACACUAUGUGGGCCUCCGGCUACGAAGUCUACGAUCGCCUUUCCAAGCCAUACCAACAAUUCCUAGAGGGCUUGACUGCCACCUACGCGCAGCCUCGAUUCAAUGCAGUCGCCAAGAACAACGAUUUCAAGAUUCACCCUGGUCCUCGAGGUGCGCCUGAGAACGUGGGAGAGGAGCUCAGCGCUAUCCACCCCGUUAUCCGCACCAACCCUGUCACCGGGUGGAAGAGUGUCUUUGCUGUUGGCACCCAUGUGCAGAGUGUGAAUGGCCUUUCUGAGCAGGAGAGCCGGCAUCUCCUUGACUGGUUUGUGACCCUCAUUGUCGAGAACCACGACCUCCAGGUGCGCUACCGCUGGCAAAAUCCCAACGAUCUUGCUAUCUGGGAUAACCGAUCCGUCUAUCACGCAGCAACUUGGGAUUAUGAGGGUCUCGGUCCGCGCACUGGUCACCGUGCGGUUGGUCUUGGAGAGCGCCCGUACCUGGAUCCUAACAGCAUCUCAAGAAGGGAUGCGUUGGAAAAGAGCGAAUAG